GAUCUCACUAGCUACGAUCCUCAAGGCUUCAAGUGAAAGUCAAAGCUCUACCUACUCUCUUUUUGUUGAUUUUGGAAAAAAGCAGAUCUGUGAUUUCUUUUUAUUCAAGUUUUGUGGAAGGUGAAAACCAGUCAUGUAUUUCUGAUGAUAUUUUUACAGAAUCUCGAAGGUUUGAGAGGCGUGAGUGAGACGUCGACAACCCUGCUACCUCCACUUUUCUCUAGCGCCUUGAAAGAUCGGUGGCUUAUCUCCACAACUUUUGUUUCUUUGAAUUCUAGAUCAAUUUUGGUUGUUGAGUUUACUUGUUUCUUAGUAUCUGUUGGUGUUGCAUGCAAGUCUAGAACCUUACUCGUCAACCAUUUCUUCAUCUUUAAGUAGUUGGCGGCGCCGCUGCUCUGUUCUAUUUUUACCUAUAGCUAAAGUUACUUUCUGGCCUGGUCUUGGCCUUGUUUGUAGGGAGAUCUGGGCUUAUGUUAGUCUAGGCCUUUUCUUUGGUCAUGAUAUUGUUUUAGGCUCUAAGGCCGAUGAUUAUCUAAUGAGGUUAAUAUACAUUUUAAUUUUCAUCCACUUGUAGCCGCUGGACGUUAGACGACACAUCGUACGGUCGUACAACAAUUCACAUCUACUCUGCCCCUGAAAUGCCCAUUUCAGCGUUUCCUGUCCAAAAUCACCAGAAAAGAGUCUUCGACAGUAAUUCAGUAAACGCCUUCUCCACUCAUGGACUUGAACAAUCUCAACUACUCUCCCUCCUCCUCCUCCUCCACCCCCCACCCCUCCACCGCCGCAGCUGCUGCUACCCCUGCGGCGGACCCAAUGCAGUCCUGGUGGGAAUCCGUCUCCAAAGCUCGCGCUCGCAUCCUCUCCCUUUCCUCUCUCCUCCAUUCCGAUCCCACCUCUUCCUUCUCUCUCUCUUCUCUUGCUGAUUCCGACCGCCCUGCACUUUCAUUACUCUCCUCCUUUGACGCUUAUACUCUUCUCUCAUCUGCUCUUUCUUCUUCUUCCUCUGGUUCUGGCUCUGAUCCUCUCUGUCAAUGGCUUUACGAGACCUAUCUUUCUUCUGAUCCUCAUCUCCGUCUCAUUGUCCUCUCUUUUCUUCCUCUUCUUUUGGGGCUGUAUCUCUCUCGGAUCCACUCCUCUGACUCUGUUUCCACUCCUUCUCUGGCCGGUUUCGAGGCUGUUCUCCUUGCCAUCUACUCGUCGGAGGUGAAAUCUCGCGCUGGUAAGCCAGUUCUCAUCCAGAUUCCUGAUCUUGCACAGCCGUCGCUUUACCAUACUCCUCGGAACAAGCAAAAUUCUCAUGGAUUUGAUAAUUCUCGACCAUCCGUCGGGGUUUUGUCGCCGCCGCUGGAGCCCCAGAUCGCGGUGAAGUCUACAAAGCGGCCGGUUAUUGUUGGGGUGGCACUUGAUUGUUAUUUUAAGCAGAUCUCGCAAAUGCCGAGUUGGUCUAAGGUUGAAUUGUGUAUGUAUGCAAGUGCUUGGGCGGGACAGGAUUGUGCUUGUAAAGACAAAUUAGAUGGUGAUAAAGAAGUUGAAAUCCAAAAUGGACAUGGAAAUGAAGUUAAUGGUGGGUAUUUUUUGGAGGGUAGGAGCUUGAGUAAUGGCCAUGAGAGGAACGGGCAUGAGAUUGAUGAUGUUGUGGAGGAAAUGGAGAAAUUGGAGAUAGAAAGAAAUGGCACAGAGGUUUCAGAGUCAAAGGGUGUGAGGAUUCCGUUGCCUUGGGAGAUUUUGCAGCCCUUGUUGAGGAUUAUGGGACAUUGUCUGUUGGGGCCUUUGAAUUCUCAAGAUGUUAAGGAUGCUGCAUCCAGGGCAGUUAGGCGGUUGUAUGCAAGAGGGACUCAUGACUUGGCUCCACAGGCCAUAUUGGCUACACGGAGUCUCAUUCAGCUUGAUAAGAGAGCCCGUGAAGUUGCAAAGGCUGCAGCGGCAGCAGCAGUUAAUUCUUCUUCCAAUGCUAACACACCAAGUAAAGCUAAGAAACCAGAAAUAUUUUUGGUGUCAAAGUGAGGGAUUUGCUUGGAAGGUAAUGGAUAUUCUAUGGCCAAUCUCAAUUAGUUUGUCUAAAAUUGUGCUAUAUCAGAUAUGCACAUUGAUCUCUUGUACUGUUGCAUUAUAGCUUUUGUUUUUAAUCCCUGUAAUCUUGUCAUUGUACGUGAGUUAACUUUUUGUUUCACUUCAUGGUAUAUUCUUACUAACAGGAUUUGAUUUA